AGUCUUGGAGUAGCUUUCACGAUUGAGAGUGGGGAGAGCAGUAUACGCUAUAACAACUGCUUCCGCAUCUUUACGCGAGAGACCUCGGGGGAUAUACCCAGUGAAAUAGUGCCCAGGAAUAUCCAAACUAGGAGGUUGAAGGACCUAUUCUAGGCACCAAUUCGGCAAAGAGAAAACUCGAAGGACAAGGAAUUUGAGAGGCCAGUGACUCGGGAUGCACGCCGAAGAGAUCACGGACGAAAUAGCGGAGCGUCUUAAGCUCUCGCAAGUCGAGACUGACCGUAAAUCGGAGUCGCAACGGGAGGGAGAACCCACACAAAAGCCAUCGUCACCAUCACCAUCACUGCCACAACCAACACAGCCAUCGCCAUCACAAGAUGACGCCCUGCCGUCGGCGGCGCCGUUUCCGGCGCUGUCACCUGGCCGGGCGAUGACGGAACGGAAGACGGUGGACGAGGUAGUCGCCGAGCUCAAGAAGAUGCCCUUCUUCAUGACGGAGCUGGAGGAGAACGACGACACGGAAGCGCUGCGGGCGCUCGCGUAUGAGGGCACGCCGCUCGAGGUCGGCAGCGACUUCAAGGAGCGCGGCAACGAGUGCUUCCGCACGCGGCGCUGGGCCGACGCCAAGGAGUUCUACACCAAGGGCGUGCUGGUCCUCGCGGCGGAGGAGCGCAAGCGGGCGGCGGGCGCGCCGGAGCCGGCUGAGGACGCGGGCGAGGUCGCGCAGCAGCGCCGCGUGCUCGAGUCCCUGUACGCCAACCGCGCGGCCUGCCACCUCGAGCUGCGCAACUACCGCAGCGCCUGGCUCGACGGCGCCGCGGCUCUGCGCCUCGACCCGCGCAACCUCAAGGCGCACUACCGGUCCGCGCGGGCGCUGCUGGCCGUCGGCCGCGUCGAAGAGGCCAGCGCGGCCUGCGCGGCCGGCCUCGCGCUCGACCCAGCCAGCGAGGCGCUGCGCAGCCUCGCGCACGACAUCGCGUCCCGGGCCGCGGAGCAGGCGGCGCGGCAGCGGGCGGAGGCGGAGCGCGCGGCGCGCGAGACGCGGCGGGCGGCGCUCGUGCGGGCGGCGCUGCGGGCGCGGGGCAUCCGCACGCGCGCGACGGCGCGGCCGCCGGAGCUGGAGGACGCGGCGAUCCGGCUGGUGCCGGACCCGGACGACGCGAGGAGCGCGCUCGCGUUCCCGGCCGUGCUGGUCUACCCGGCGCACAUGCUGUCGGACCUGGUGAAGGCGUUCGGCGAGGCGGACACGCUGGCCGACCACCUGGCGUACGUGCUGCCGCCGCCAUGGGACGAGGGCGGCGAGUACGCGUCGGCCGCCGCCGUCGAGUGCUACAUGGAGACGGCCGCCGGCGGGCUCGUUCGCGUCGGCCGCAAGGCGUCCCUGCUCAAGACCCUGACCUCGGCCGACGUCGAGGUCGUCGACCAGCUCCUCCGCAUCUACGUCCUGCCCAAAACCCGCGCCGCCGCCUGGGUCCGCGAGUUCAAGGACCGUAAGGCGGCGAAGAGUGGCGCCAGCGCGGGUGCGUAGGCUGACGCGAGUGGGUGAGUGUGUGU